UCCGGCGUGUGAAGGUUGUGCCGCGCGGGAGAGAAACGAACUGAGUGACGAAGGCUUCGCGUCGUUAGUCGUUAUAGUACGGACGCGUCGUUCAGUAGCGGCGCACGCGCAGUCGCUGAUAGCAAACCGGUAUAAAAGAGCAUGUGUCCUUAGAACAGUUCACUCUUGUUCCUAGCUCGUGAGAAAUAAUAACAAGACAAUGGCAGACAUUGUGCUAAGACACAGUGAAGAUGAUGAUGAUACCCAAGGGGUUAUUUUGGCAAAAGGGGUGUCGAUGGCGGUACUCUUCUGUGCCUCUAUGGUCUGUGGUAUGAUACCACUUGUGCUCGCGAAACGCUUGCGAUGGAUCAAAGCCGACGACGCUUCGAACUUGAAGUCCACAAACAAAGUGGUUGUCAGCCUUCUAUCAUUUGGAGGAGGUGUCCUGCUGUCGACAACGUUCCUGCAUUUACUGCCAGAGGUUGAUCACAACAUCGAAGACUUACAAGCUGCUGGUCGUAUGAGAGAGUUCGACUUCUCGCUGGCUCCGUUCCUGAUGUGCUGUGGUUUCUUCUUGAUGUACUUGGUCGAAGAGUUGGUCCACGUUUACAUCAGGCACAGAGAAAAGAAAAGCGGCUCAACAGCGCAGUUGGUGCGUAACUUGAGCGUGCGAAGAAGUCGUGCCAAUUCUGUGGACAAAGUAGCUGGUGACAAGAGCGUCACAAAUUCCACCGCAGACCUGAUUGAUCAGGAUGCGAUUAGGAAGGGAAAGGACGUUGAAACAAAUAACCAUCACGCGCAUGGCCAUAGCCACAUGCCCAUAAACGGUGCUGAUGAUGUUACUUCUGCUCUUCGUGGUCUACUGAUAGUACUCGCUCUGUCCAUCCAUGAGCUGUUCGAAGGCCUCGCCGUGGGAUUGGAAUCAAGUACUUCCAAUGUCUGGUACAUGUUGGGUGCCGUUUCAGCUCACAAGCUAGUGAUUGCGUUUUGCAUCGGCGUGGAACUGAUUGCGACCCGAACCAAGACAUGGCUCUCAGUGAUCUACAUCACAACGUUUGCCAUCGUCUCCCCCCUCGGGAUUGGUAUUGGUAUUCUGCUGGUGGGAGGCGAGGGUGCGACGGCAGCUGGCUCGUACUCCGUAGUUCUGCAGGGAUUGGCGUCCGGCACACUCCUGUAUGUCAUCUUCUUUGAAAUCUGGAAGAAUGACAGAUCAGGAAUACUUCAAUACUUUGCAGCCUUGUUCGGUUUUGCGUUGAUGUUCGGCCUGCAAUUACUGACUCCUCACUCACACAGUCACUCGCACGGUGGUGGAGACCACGGUCACUCACACACUGACACCACUGACGGAGACCAUGGCCAUUCCCAUGAUUGAACACUUCUAGUCAUGAUGAUGAAGAUCGGAGAAAUCAAAGGAAAAGUUGCUGAAACGUUCAAUGCAAAAUUUUGUUUACGUAUAGAUUGUACAAUACCUACGCCGGAAGAACGCAAAUGUCUUAAUAAACUUAUAGAACAGUAGAAGGUAUACUAUAGAUACUAAAGAUUAUAGAUCAAUAUGGCCAAACACUCAAAGAACAAUAUUUAAGUAUAAGUAAAUAUAUUCUGAGAACCAUAUUGAGAUCAAUUCUUAUAACAUAAUGUAGAUUGUACCUACACAGCAAAAACUAAAAAUGAAAAUAUGUGCCAUUGGUGUCCCAGAUUAAAGUCUAGACCAUAAACAUUCAAAGCUAGCAAAAGUAUCUCAUCCUUAUGUAGUAUAACCAUAGUGUCACGCUCUAUAAAUUGUUGCUCCAUGUCCUCGCGUUCACUGACCUCUACUACAAUACCACUGGACUGGCGGCUGUCAAAGUGCUUUUGUGCCUGUUUGAUAUUCGCCAUUUUGGCGCUGUUGGCCAUGUAGCGGGAGUCUGCGGUACUAAAACCAGUAUUGACAACCUCAGCUAAACAAACAUCGAUAGGGAAACUAUUUACAAAAAAAUUGUAUACCUACUUUAUUACGUUGAUUCCUGAAGUAUAAAUAACACGGAAAAUGACUGAAAUUAAAACAAAAUGCAAAAAGACUUCAGAGUAUUGUACGCUUCCCUCGCAGCCAUUUGUAAUAUAAAAUCGAAAUUAGUUCUCUCAGCUAUCAAAAAAUUGAUUACAAUUAUAAUAGUUAAUUUACAAUCUCUUAAAAAAACAUUUUAUUACGAUGUGUGAUAAUUGGUUAUUAUUAUUAAUAUUUUAGAGCAUUGAUAACGUGUUGAACCUAAACACAUCGAACAAAAAUAUCAAUUAACUCAAUUAGAAAAAUAAUGGUGGUAAAAAGAUAAAUUUCGUAAUGUGACGUAUAUUCAAUAAUAAUAUAAUUCGCAAGAAGCGGUGUGGGUGCGGGUGUUGCCUCAAUCUAAUGACUUUUGGUGUUUUAUUUUUUAUUUUUAAUACUUAUAAGUUGUGUAUAGGUCUGGUUCGGAUCUUGAUUGUCAAGCACUAACGUACGACUAUCGCUAAUUGUAUUGCGGAAUAUACUGUUCAAGACCCGUACCGGUACUUAUAUAUACAUAUACUUGUUAUAUUUUUAAUUGCCACGAUGUUGUUUUCGUAAGUUUUUUAAUAAUUAAUAUUUUUAUAAUAAUUUUAAGUUAUAAACUUAUAGUUAUGAUAUUACUUAUAUUGAAUUAAGUUUAUUUUGUAUACUUACCGACUAAUCUAAAUCAGUAUUAGUGACGAAAGAUAGACGGAGAAAAGUUCUGUAUAAAUAUAAUAAGAUUGGUACAUACAACACCAAGUCUUGUAUAGUAUUUUUAUGAACCAAAAUAAGUAGGUACCUAGUUACUAAUAAUAUUUUCUUGGGUUUUCCAUUCCAGCAAUAAACAUAACAAAUAGUAGAAGUAACGUGCGUUAAUGUAAUCAGAAAUAGUUAUCAUCGCAAGAGAAUUUGUUAUAGAAACAACACAAUUCUUUCUGUGUGUGUCAUCACAUACAUAUGUAUAUCCAUGAGACGAAGAUAAUUUUAUUACUUAUAAAUCUUAGAAUAAGCAUUGGUCUCCGCUGCGCUCCAACUAGAUACUACACCACCUAAGAACAAUAGCUUUUUAAUUAUGGCAGCUGUUAGAUGCUUGUGUGCGUGGCAUCUUGACACUCAAUGGCAUCUUUAAAAUUUUGUAAUAUACGCUUCAUGUUAUAUUACUUACAUUGAAAUUAAUAAAAUACGAAAUACUUACUGAUGAUAUGUGAUCCCAGUGUCUUGCUUACUUCUUGUUUACAAAGUUUUACUACGUAGCCCGACAUUUUAGUUUUAAUUAUUAUCAAAGCUUAACAGAACAUGUCAUGGCACGUCACCGUCACAUUUUUCGAGACUCGCUGGACUACGCCCACUUGGGCGUAGUAUUAGUUGCCGCACUUUGCGACUACGCCUGCAGUAUCGGAGACCAAUCUUUAACCUAAGUUAUACAGGAACUUUAUUCCAUUUAAUCAUACCUACUUGGGACCAUAGUCUAAUGUUUGACUUUACGUCAGUGAACGUUCCAUCAGUUAUAAGAAUUUAUAACAUAGUCUUCACUACUUAUGUAAAGUCUAUGUUAUAGGUACUAUGUAUAGGUAGGAGAGGUACUUAUCAUCUCUUAUCAUUAAGUGAUUUACAAUAAUUUUUCCUCCUCUUUAUAAAAAUAAUCAAACUGACAAUGAAAGGAUUAUAUUAUCUUCAAUUUAAGAACUAAACAGUAGCGAUAAUAAAUACAGAUUAUCGCUAAACUAUCUAGUCAGUUAAAAAUGCACGUGUACUAAUUAAUAAUCUAUACGAAUGAUUGUAUUGGAGACUAUGAAUUAAAACUAACAAACAAUAAACACCCUUGAUUAGAACACAAAGAGUAUAUCUAGUUCGCUCCGACGCAACGCGACGUUGUUGAAUAGUUGCGCAGUUACAAAGAGUAGAUUAAUUGGUCAAAGAAAAAUAUUAUUAUGGCGGGGAUAUACUUUUAAUGCAAACAAAAGCUAAAAAAUUAUGGCUUCAGAACAACGAUGAUUACUUCCGUUGACAAAGUUUUUUUUUAAUCAAUAUUGACUGUACUGUAAUUGUAGAUUGUUGAUUUACCUACAGCACCAUGAGUUAUUUAGUUUUGACAAUUAACCUCAAAAAGAUUAGUUAUUAAAAUUUAUUUAGGCGUGACGAUAACAGCUUACAAGGAUAAUCAAGCGUCAUUUUAUUAACUGGGAAAGUAAUUUCACCAAUAUACAAUUAGAUAAGUUUGUUUUACCAUGAAAAGUAUAAAUUUAUUAUAUUAAUUCGGGUAGGUACAGUUUACAAAUAAAUUUCAUUUUAUCCAGUCCUCACCGCAGUAUGUGUAUAAAGGAUUGUAUUCUAUAGGUUAUUAAUUAUAAAAUAAGUAUUUGUACGUUAGCUGUCUAAUUGCAAUUUUUAUAUAUUUUCAAGAAAAUUAUAUGUACCUAUAUCUACUUACCUUAAUAGUAUUUUUUAAGUAUAGACGACAAUGAUUAUAUUUAAGGAUUUAAUUUUAAUUAAUAUAUUUUUGUCUGUGAUACUUUGUAAUAUAUUUGUUAUUGCCAUUUAGGAUUACUAUGACUCGUACAAAGUCGUAAGUCGUAACUAGUAACUUAUAUCAAACUCCAUCCAAGGAUGACAGACAAUGUUCUAACUUGUAAUCUUCCCACAGAAAGCUAGACUUAUUCUUAUGUACGAUUAAAGGUAGUAAUGGCGUUUUUAUAAGUAUACUAAGCGUCUAUUGUAUUUAAACAAAUACAUUACGAACCACAGAAAUAAAGAAAUAGAAAACAG